AUGGCUACUUCCCGUAUCACAACUACCCUGCUCGUGCACGCAAAGUUUUAUGCACUUAUACUUGCAGCGCUAAUUCACUGCGCGCACGCGAGAGUGUCCUUUGACGAGGCCAUAGAAAUGCAAAGCACUGAAAUAGGAGAAAGCCGCGCCUUCAUCAACCCAAGAGGGCCGCUCUGCCUGUUGCGCGGGUUUGUGUACUCCGAGCUGAGUUACAUGCACAACAAGCGCUUCUUUUCGCCUGAAAUAGAAACCGACUACAAAGUGGAGCCCGUUGGGGAUGUUGAAACCACAGAAGAGCACAAAUACACAAGAAACGCGCAGAAUGACAAACCAUAUCCGCCUGCAGAGGGACCCGCUCGGGGCUCCAAGCCUGCGAGCACAGACUACACUGUGACGUACCACCGCACCCUCAUCGAGAUGUUUCCGUCUGUCGACGGGCACACUCUGUCGGUUGCUGUCGCCCGAGAUGACUCCUUCUUCCAGGCUCUGCAGAGAAUGCCCAGCAAACACGCGCACUACGUGCUGGCUGCGCUCCUCCUGCUGAGCGAGGGAAUAGACGUGCCCAUCAAGGCCACGCAGAAAACAAUCACACUGGAGAUAGGCAGCAUAAAAGUUGGAGCAGACUCGUGCAAAAAGGCUGCCCAGGUCAUAAACUUCUUCAAAGACAGCAAAGGCAAAGGAAAACUGCCGUGCACGCAAAGCGACUUCAACACCGGCGACUUUCUAAACACGCCGCAGUUCCUCAUCCAGGCGUACAUCUUUGAGUACAUCACGAGCAAGGACGACGCCCUGGACUUCGCAGCGUGCGUGCACAGCAUCCUCAAAAGCCUGCCGGAAAAAGACUGCAAAGACGUAUACAGCGCGUGCUUUGUGAGGAGCAAGGCCGAGGGAGACGAGUUCCUGUGCCAGCUUAGGAUGAUUCAGAAAGCCAUGAAGAAUCUGGACUCGUUCCCGUUCGCCAGCCCAAACAUGCUGCCGGCGUACACAAGCGUGCGCGCCUGCAAGAGAGGCCAAACCAAGUUUCUGAAUGAAACCUUCAGCAACUGCGUGGAGACCGGCCUGCUUGCGCUCUUUUGCUGCCUUGCACACGACCCAGUCCAGAAAGAGUACGACGCAGACGCCAUGCUCGGCGAGGAAAAGGAGGGUGAGGAAACAGAGGCCCUGCAUACAUUCUUCCAGUUAGAAAGUGUCACCCCAAAGGUGUGCGCCACCAAAGAGACGAUGCAGGAGUGGAACCGCGUCGUGUCUGACCUGCAGAGCGAGCACAUCGCGUACAAAAGGGAGAGCCGAAACGAGGUACGCUCCGGAAUUUUCAACGCUCUCUACGUUGUGGCGGAGGUGACGGGCAGACGAGAGCAGGAGGAGCCGAGAAUACGCGAGCUUGCGCAGAUGCUAAAAGGCUGCAAAAUUCGCGAAGCCUCUGAGGACGUGUUUGAAAAAGCACAGGAGUACGUGGCAGAGCUUUUCGCGUCCCUCUCUGUGGACAAAUCCUUAAAAGUCGAAUUCUCCGGCUUGAUGGUCGACGUCCGAAGUGAUAAGAAGAAAGACCUCUACGGAGAAAUCACUCUGAAGUACACAGACAAAGACAGCGUGAUAGAGCAGGGCAUAUGCAUUGCCUUUAAGCCCAGGCACCUUACAGUUACUUUGUGCCCAUGCGUCUUUCUUUCUAUUAACAGCGAAGAAAAAGAGGCCUUCUUUGCGGUGGACAGCUGUCUAGAGCCCGAGACUUUUGCUGAAUGCCUGCUUGCCAAGUACGCAGACGCGUGGAGGGCCAGAGACGCGGACCUCUACGAACCAAGCUUUACUGAUGACAUUCCGGAGAUCGCAGACCGCCUAACGGCAAGUGAGGUCCUGAAGCACCCAAACCAGCUUUUCUUGCACGGAAAAGCCCUGAGAUAUGAACAGAUACAAGAAUUCGCCGAGGACUUCACCGGGCAUGCAGCAGCAAACGGCAUCGAGCUCGCCCAGGAGCAUCCGGGCGUGCGCCUCCUCUCAAACAUGCUCGGCAGCCUUCCGCUGGACGACUAUGCAAUGCAAAUCGAUGGGAUGCAGCACAUAGUCUCUCUGGACAUGCUGGGCACGCUGUUUCCAAGAAUCGCCCUGUCAAAGCAAAUAGCUGCUAGAAUCUAUAGAAACACACACACUAUCGCCAAGCUAAGGAGCUACACCGAAGACAAUUGCGUGCCCACAGCAAACGCCAUUAUGAAAUACCUCAGAGAGUACAAAGAUAAAGCAGACAAGCCUCUUUUCCGGUGCUGCAAACUAACAAGCUUUACCGCUGCCUCUAACUUCUUGUUUCCCGUUUUACUUGCAGACAAGUCAACGCGCCACACAGACGAAAUUAGCGCGCUUAUUAUGGAUGUGGAGGAGAAAGACCGGGAGGAGGCGCUGGACACCAAGGCGGUCUUCGACCUCUUCGUGUUCCUCGCCAGCUUGCAAGACAAAGGCAUCCCGCACGAGCUGGUGCUUGCUCUGGGCAGCAGGCUUGGGCCAAGGUCGAUCCCGGCAUGCAAUAAAGCCAGUUGCAUGGCUUUUGUCAGCAGCCAAGAAGCCUCUGCGAUUCUGGAGGCGCUGAACACCCACCAGAGCGCCCUGCAGCAGGCGCCCAACAGAGCGGAGGUGUUCAACGGCGUGAUGGACAUACUCAAGUCCAGAAUACACUAG